AAACCAACAAAAUCCCCCUCUCUCUCUCUCUCUCUCUCCAUUUUACCCAUUUAUAAACCCUAACUGCCUAACCACAAACUCCUCCGCAUCAUCACUCUUAUCAAAAACAGACAAGAAAAUAUGAAGCUAGUUUGGUCUCCGGAUACCGCUCUAAAAUCUUAUAUCUACACCGUUAAAUCAUGUAAGAAUUUAAAAGAAUCCGGCGUUCCUGAGCUUCUCUCCGCCAUGGCUGCCGGCUGGAACGCUAAAAUGAUUGUUGAGUCGUGGUCCUACGGUAAUCCUAUCGCCACGAGUAUCGGCCUAGCUGUCGCCGCUACUCACACGUGCGGAAGGCACGUCUGCCUAGUUCCGGAUGAACGAUCAAGAGCAGAAUAUCUAAAAGCUAUUCGAAGUUCUGCCGGCAUGGCGAUAGAGACCGAGGUGAUAAUAGUCGGGGAAGCUGAGGAGGCGGUGGCGGGGCUCGUAGGGGUAGAUUUCAUGGUGGUGGAUUGCAAACGGAGGGAAUUUAUUAGGGUUUUGAGGUUUGCUAAGUUGAGUAAUAAAGGUGCUGUUUUAGUACGAAAGAAUGCGUAUCAAAGUUGUUUUACCGGGUUUAGAUGGCAUGGAGUGCUAGAGAGAGGGACACGUGUUGUCAGAUCAGUGUUUUUGCCAGUCGGUAACGGAUUGGAUAUUGCUCAUAUUGGGAGCACCACCACUGCUAUAGCCGGUGCUGCGAGUUUGAAAAGGAGCAGUAGCCGUUGGAUUAAGUGCGUAGAUCAAAAGUCAGGCGAGGAGCACGUGUUUCGUGGUUAAUUUUAUGAUGGUGGGUUUUCCAAGUUCAAUCGAAUUAAGAAUAUGGCAAUGACCACCCAUUUAAUUUCACUAAUUGGAUACCAAAAUCAAAACUGUGGAGUAAAAGGGUGUAAGCUUUAGAAACCAGAUGUCAUGUGCUAUGGUUCAGGUUCAAGAAAAAAGAUGAAUAUAUCCUUGUUUUGUUAGUUAGAUGUAUUAUAUGGGCUGGCUAAUUUGGUUAGUAUCGAUUGCAUGAGAAAUUAGGAAAUGUUUUUGAAGAUGGUGACUGUGAUUUAUAAAGAUUUGAUCAUUGUUAAUAGUUUGCUAGUGUCUUUGUAUACUUUGGUUUGCUCGUAUGUAAAGAAUAAAACACUUCUUUUUUUCCUCU